UAGAACCCACGUUGUUCUUUAUCCCAUUGCAUAUAAAUCUGAAUGCUUCUCUUAAUUUUAAUGCUUUUUCAUUAACUGAGAAAAAAAAUUAGUGUAAUCUUUUGCUGGGUUGUUGAGAAAACCGAAGGAACGGUUUGCAUAAAUUUCACUUGUCGAGCAUUCAUCACACGAGAAAUGCAGCUUUGGCUGCAUAAUUGGUAAUAGGAUUUUUUGCUUGUUUGGAUUACAGACUGUUGGUUGAGUUGAUAAAAUUACAUUCUUUAUCAUGGAGCCUUUGUGGAAGCUCCUGUAUUUGCUGGAGCCUGCACCUGUUACCCUAAUAACGACAGCUGUAGCUGUGACAUUUGGAUCUGCGUUUAGGGCUCUAAACUAUGGUAAAGAAAUGGAGCGGAACCACGAUAUGUCAGAAGCAUCUAUCACCUUAGAUAGGUCCCAAGCACUUAUGAUCCCAGUAAUGAGCUCUUGCAGUUUGCUAUUAAUGUUUUACCUGUUUUCAUCAGUAUCCCUGCUUCUUACUGCGUUCACAGCUAUUGCCUCUGUUUCGUCUCUAUUUUUCUGCCUAUAUCCUUAUGUUGCGUAUGUUAAGUCACAUUAUGGUUUGGCAGACCCAUUUCUUUCACGUUGCUGUUCAAAACCAGUUACACGUACCCAAGGGUUAUUGUUGUUGGCAUGUUCUAUGACAGUUGCAGCUUGGCUCAUCUCUGGGCAUUGGGUAUUGAACAACAUCUUGGGUAUCUCUAUUUGCGUUGCUUUUGUAAGUCAUGUGCGUCUACCAAACAUCAAAAUAUGCGCGAUGCUGCUGGCUUGUUUAUUUGUAUAUGAUAUAUUCUGGGUAUUCUUCUCGGAGAGGUUUUUUGGUACCAAUGUCAUGGUAUCAGUGGCAACACAACAAGCAUCAAAUCCUGUUCAUACAGUGGCCACUAGUCUAAGUCUUCCCGGCUUGCAAUUGAUCACGAAGAAGCUUGAGUUGCCUGUGAAAAUAGUAUUUCCCAGAAAUUUAUUUGGUAGCACAGUUCCUGGAGAAAAUGCUGCAGACUUCAUGAUGCUUGGCCUAGGUGACAUGGCUAUUCCUGCUAUGCUGCUGGCAUUAGUGCUUUGUUUUGAUUACCGAAAGAGCAGAGAUCCUGUUAGUCUCUCAGAAUUGCGCUCCUCAAAGGGGCAUAAAUACAUAUGGUAUGCGCUUCCUGGAUAUGCUAUUGGACUGGUGGCUGCUUUGGCCGCUGGUGUUUUAACUCACGCGCCGCAACCUGCACUUCUUUAUCUGGUGCCUUCUACUCUGGGACCUGUAGUACUCAUCUCCUGGGUUAAGCGGGACCUAGCCGAGUUAUGGGAAGGAAGCGUACAAAAUCUCAGUGAUAAAGCACGGCAAAUUGAAGUGUAGUGUAAGCGUAUUCUUCAUGACACACAACUAGAGGCUGCAAAGCUGAUGGAAGUUGUAAAUUCACUUGGAAGAUCUAUCCUUUUAAUUACAUUAGUAGUAAAUCUACGGUUUUAUGUCCAUCUUGAAAUACCUUAAUCCAUUUUAGAGAUCCAGUAAUGGAAGAAAAGAAAAUUUAUGCAAGUAUUGUCUUUUGCUA